AUGGAGUACGUUCUGGCUCAUGCUGCCUAUCGCGGCGCUCGGCCAGAUCGACAGGCAAGUCCAAGCCCGGGAACAUCUCUGCCCACGGCCGGCCGCUCUAACACAAACAGGCAUCGCAUCGUGAGCGAUAACAAUAUUGUGCGGACGAAACUGAUCAACAAUGAGACGACACCUCUUCAGGUCGGAAACGGCAACUUUGCCUUUGGCGUAGACACGACUGGCAUGCAGACGUAUCUGCCGUUCAACACCAUGUCGGUGUGGGCGUGGCACAACGAUACCGAGCCCAGUGGCGGGAAUAAAAUAUCAGACUACACCGGCGUGCCGAUGGAGACCCACGGCCGUAAUGUCUCUUAUGAUAUACCGGACCCCAAGCUCCCCGACGUCUCGCAGUGGCUCAUCAGCAACCCUAACAGAGUCAACCUCGGCCGGAUCGGCCUCCGCUACAGGAACGCCACGCUGUCGGCGGCCCGCAUCUCAGACACGCGGCAGGAGCUCGACCUCUGGAGCGGCGUCAUCACCUCCACGUUCACCGUCGACGGCCGCCCGGUCAAAGUCGUCACGCAGGGCGACUUUGACUCGGACGCCGUCGUCUUCGAUAUCGACUCGGAGCUGAUCCAGUCCGGAGACCUGACGGUCGAGCUCGACUUUCCGUACCCGCCGAUCCACUCGACAAAGUACAAGUACGAGGUCUUUGUCGGCGUCUACGACUUUCCGGCCAACCACACGACGAGACUGACGCGCAGCUGCGAGGCGAACACGGCGCACAUUUACCACGAGAUGCAGGCGACGAGAUACAGCGUCAACCUCCGCUGGCCGGACAUGAGUCCGCUUUCCCUGCAGAAGGUCGAACCAGAGGGUUCAACGGCCAUCACGGCGCACAGGUAUACCCUAGCACCUGCGUCCGGAAGGGAGGAACAGAAGCCAUCUUCGCUCUCGUUCACGGCGCACUUCUCUCCGCGAAAACGCCUGCCAGAUCCGCCGGAGACGAUCAGGGCGCGCAACACGGAUGGAUGGCACGAGUACUGGGAUCAGGGCGGCUUCGUUGACCUGACCGCCUCGACGAACCCAAACGCAACGGAGCUGCAGCGGCGCAUCAUUACUUCGCAGUAUCACGUUCGCGUCAAUAGCGCUGCAAAAGGCGAGUCGCCUCAGGAGAGUGGACUCAUGAACAACGGGUGGUACGGCAAGUUUCACAUGGAGAUGGUGGUCUGGCAUAACGCACAUUGGGUUUCGUGGGGUCGUGAAGAGCAUUUCCACAACAUUUUCCCUGCCCUUUAUGAAAAGCUGCUACCGACCUCUUUUGCCCGGGCCAAGCUCAUGGGCUGGGAAGGCGCUCGAUGGCCCAAGAUGACGGACACGAUGACAGGGCGGAGCUCACCAGGCCUCAUCAACGCUCUUCUGCUAUGGCAGCAACCACACCCAAUGUACAUGGCGAUGCUGGCGUAUAAGACCAAGCCAACCCAGGAGACCCUUGAACGGUGGGAUCCGAUACUCGAGGCGACUGCCGACUACAUGGCGUCAUACGCCUGGUACAACGAGUCGUCUGGAAAUUACGACCUCGGCCCUCCCUCUUUCGGUGUCACGGAAAACACUCCACCCGAGGACACCCUGAACCUUGCCUAUGAGCUUGCGUACUGGCGCUACGGCCUCGAUGUCGCACGCGAGUGGAAGAAAAGGCUGGCUCGGCCUGUUCCCGAGCAAUGGACGACCGUCGCUUCCAAGUUGUCAAAACCCCCGCAGGUCGACGGCCUGUACGCCGUGUACGAAGGCGUCAACUCGACGUGGUGGCAGGAUCCUAAACUGAACGGAGAUCCACGGAGUCUCAUCAUGAUGCAGGGCAUCCUGCCCAACACGCCGGCGGUAAAUGAGGAGGUCGGACGACGCACGGCAGAUAAGGUGUGGGAGGUCUGGACUGACCAGAAAAUACGGGGCUGGGGGAGACCGAUCCUAGCGAUCAACUCGGCGAGAGUCGGGAACCCAGAGCGUGCUAUUUAUCACUUGACGGCGUAUGAUUAUUGGAAGUUUGACGAUGCUGGCUUCGCCAUUCGAGGCGGUGACGGCGGGACGCCGCCCCCUUUUAUGCCCGGGAACGCCGGGUUUCUCUUGGCCGUUGCGUACAUGGCUGAGGGAUGGGAGGGAUCAUCCAGUGACGCUCCAGGCUUCCCUAAGAAAGGCGGCUGGGUGGUCAAGCACGAGGGCCUUCGCAAGGCUUUGUGA